AUGUGGCCACAGCUGACACAGAGGAACCUCGGCGUAGGAACAAUCGAUCUUUUGCAGAAAUAUCUACAAGGGAUUCCGCAUCGUGUCAUCUUCGCAGUUUUCAUCGCAAUUUCUUACUCCCUGCGCCACAUCGGAGGAGUCCCACGAGUCCCUGGACUCCCUCCCCUACAGCCCCUUUCACCCGGCGAGCCGCUAAAAUUCCAGAAGGACAAGCGCAGUGUCUUGUUUCGCGGAGAGAGCAGACCCAAGAGGCUGAGCGGAUACUGCUUCUUUUUUCCUUGGCCAUAG